CACUCUCUCUCUCUCUCUCUCUCCUUCUUGCUCGCCUGCUCUAUCUCUCAAAGUCUGUGGGAUCCCCCAAUCGACUGUCUUCUCAUUCAUUGCACCAUACUCCUCCUCCCUAUCAUUACCUGUUGACAGGACCAGGAUCCAGCUGACUGCCCAUCCAAUGACUGUGCGCCGCGGAGAUCGUGCUCCAGUCCCCAUCCGGGAACACAUGGCUAUUGAUGUAUCCCCAGGGCCAAUCCGACCCAUUGCCCAAAUCUCCGCUUAUUUUCCACAUCCAGGACUAGAAGGAGUCUUGUCACCGAGAGAUCGCAUGAGGGGCCAAGGGGCAAUGAAUGCCUCCCCGGGAACUGGAGAAGGAGAAUCAGCGGAUGGAUAUGAUUCUGAUGAGAACACAUCCCUUGGGACCCUCGAAUUCGACAUCCUUUAUGAUCCAGAAAGCUGCACCCUUGACUGCACCAUCCUUCGGGCCAAGGGGCUGAAGCCAAUGGAUUUUAAUGGCCUGGCUGAUCCCUAUGUCAAACUGCAUCUUCUGCCAGGGGCUUGUAAGGCGAACAAACUGAAAACACGAACCCAGCACAACACUCUCAACCCUAUAUGGAAUGAGUCUCUAACAUACAAUGGGAUAACAGCAGAGGACAUGGCCCGGAAAACUCUGCGAAUCUCUGUGUGUGAUGAGGAUAAACUGACCCACAAUGAGUUUAUUGGAGAGACCCGGGUACCUCUCAGACGUCUUCGACCUGGUCAGAAACGACAUUUUAACUUGUGCUUGGAACGACAACAGCCGCUGGCAUCCCCUUCAUCCAUGACAGCAGCUCUACGUGGAAUCUCCUGUUAUUUGAGAGAGCUAGAACCUCCAGCCGGCUGGGCCCUGGAAGAAAGGGGUCGCAUUCUGCUUGCUCUCACCUACUUCACCGAACGCCGUGGAUUAGUGGUGUCUAUCCUGCGCUGUGCACACUUAGCUGCCAUGGAUGUGUGUGGCUAUUCGGACCCUUAUGUGAAAGCGUACCUGAAGCCAGAUGUAGAGAAGAAGUCAAAGCACAAAACAAGUGUGAAAAAGAAGACACUGAACCCAGAAUAUAACGAGGACUUUUUCUACGAGAUUGAGCAGUCAGAUCUUGGCCAGAAAUCCCUGGAGAUAACAGUUUGGGACUACGACAUUGGGAAAUCCAAUGACUUCAUUGGUGGGAUGACCCUUGGUUUGGGGACCACUGGAGAAUGUCGACAGCAUUGGCUAUCUUGCAUUCAGACCCCUGACUGCCGCUUUGAGCACUGGCACACACUCACCAAUGAGCUCCCAGAAUCAUCUACAUUUGGUCCCUGAGAUUCUGUCUUCAGUUGCCUAUAAAACAGCAACCUCCCUGCCUGCCUGCCAAAAAACAACAAAAACAACAGGGAGGGGCACAGCACCAGGACCCCUCCUUUGCACGAGGACGUUUGCACGUUUUCAAAGUUACUUGUCAUUGGUGUUCGUUUAUAUUAUGCUCUAGGGAAGGGCUUCAGCAGAGGCUGUCCCUCUUCUGGUUUGCUAUGCUAAGUUGAGCCGUGGCGGGGAGGUGGGGAGCUGAGGAGCAGCAAGGAAGUGUGGAAGAGGCAAUGGAGGAACAAUGGGUGGGGAAGUGUUUGCCCCUUCUUCAGAAAAACAAACACAUUCAAAUCAAAGAAAAAUCACAAUAAUUACCCUUGUUCUCUACAGAUUUCUCCUUUUGCUGCAUCCCCAGGGUAUUUUACCAAGCUGACUUUAGCUCUAAAAUGCCACAACUUUUGUACCAAGCAUUUGGUUGGACUUCAAAAGGCAAAAUACCAAUUAUUUGACAAUUUAAAAAAAAGAUGCAAAAGAUCAAAAAUGCAGUUCAAAACCCAUAUCUCAUUCUAAAGUUUCUUUUCUGUAACUCAGUGUGUCUCAUUUCCUGAUCUGCAUACCCAUUCCUUUUACCUUGCUCAUACUGUAUUAACUUUAGAGUGAUAUAUGCAAUUUGCAGUUCUGGACUAUUUUUUUAAAAUGUCCAUCUUUUGGCUUCCUGCAUAGAUUUAAGGGGCUUCCAUCUGGCACACUUCUUCCCACUAACUCUCUGUGUUAAAAGGCACACUAACUUAGCUGCUUGUACUUUGAACUCUUGUGAAGUCUCUUUUCUGGCAAACAAUGUUAAAAAAUAUUGUGAAAAAUAUUGUGGCCGUGCCAUAAUGAGCUGCCCAGUUUUGCUCCUGCCUCUAUCAGAAAUGAUGGCUCUAGCAGAGGUUAAGAACUUAUAACUUUUCAGGAGAAAGAGGUCAAAAUUUCACAGAAUCAUGAAGUUAGAAAUAGGUUUAGUGAGCAUAGGUGGGAGGUGGAUUUGGUAAAUUUAAGUUGAAGAGUUCAUAUAUCUAAUAAUUGCACUUAAUAGAAGGAGACCUCUUGUAGUAAGAGUGAAAAGAGUGUAAGCAAAGCUAGGAAAAGUUAUAUUUUGGUAUUCCCAACUCCCAGAAAACACCAGUUGGCAUGGAAUGGGGAUGACCUGGGAGUUAAGAGUCCAAAAAAAAAGUAACUUCUUGCCAUGCUGACUAGUGAUUUUGAGAGCUGUGGUCCAGAAAAGUAAAUUUUGUAACUUCUGCAAAUUAUUGAGUUCAACCACCUGUUUGCUGCAGGAACUCAAAUAUCCUGAAGUAACUGCUGUUCAGUCUAUUCUUGAAGACUUCCAAGUAAGGGGCAAAACCAGUCUAAGUCACUGAUUCCAAUAAUGGUUGAACCACUCUUAGUA